AUGAUGCAGACAGCCCUUUAUAAGCCCGUGGCUAUGACACUCCUCCCUGAAGCUUCUCCCCCUAUUACCUCACUCAAAGGACCUUCCCCCCUUGUUAUUACUUCUUCUGUCCAAGACCUCCCUCUGGAGCCCUCUCGCGCCGUCGUCAUCGUAUAUGGCCCCAACCAGGAGACUAUCGUCCAGGUUGUUGCCGAGAUUCUGGGAAAGCCAUGGACGACGGAACCGUCGCUGUCAACGCUCGGGCGGGGUAGCACUGCUGUCGUCAUUGGUAUAUUAGCUGACGAACUGGGUCGCAGCCUAAAUGGGUGCGAGAAACCCACCGGCAUCUUGGUCAACACGCACUGCGUUGAUGAUGGGUCGUUUCCGGACGAAUCGCUCACUGAUCGCUGCGAUUAUGAGUUUCUGUAUUCUCUUCGGAGUCCUUACUUUCGGCGCGAUUUGACUCGGUUUUUGUCUCUGAUCUUGGGUCAAACCAGACCACACGAAGACUUGAAGACCAAGAACCGCACUAAUUUUAUUUCCACAACCUUUCCGGAUGUCCAUGCGGCUCUGCCCAACCUCGACAUCUUGUCGGUAGGCUCUGAUGCAGUCGAGAUCCGUGUAGAUCUUCUGGUCGAUCCCUCGCCUCUGAGCGUCUCGGGCCCAGUUCCCAGCCUGCGAUACGUCGGGCAGCAACUGAUGCUGCUUCGGCAGCAUACCGAGCUACCAAUCAUCUUCACCACCAGGUGCACUAAGGAGAAUGGUAAGUUCCCCAUGAACGACCCAGGACUCUUUUAUAAGUACCUUCGCCGGGCGAUUCAGUGGGGUGUCGAGUAUAUAGAUGUCGAGUUGUGGCUGCCGGAGGAUAUUCGAAGACGACUAGCGGAAGCCAAGGGUAACAGCAUCAUCAUGUCAGCAUUUCAUGAUUUCUCAGGGACUUGGAAGUGGACCUCGCCUGAUGCACCGCGGAUCUUUGCGGAAAGCGCCAAGUACGCGGAUAUUGUGAAAAUGAUUGCUAUGGUCAAUACGAUCGAGGCCAACUACGAACUCGAGUACUUUCGAUCGACGAUCAAGAGAGCCCACGGAUCGUAUCCGCUCCUAUCGGCGGUUAACAUGGGCCAGAUGGGUCAGCUUUCACGAGCCCUCAAUACUGUAUUCUCACCCAUUACGCACCCACUGUUACCAAUGAUCGCAGCACCGGGACAACUAACCGCGGCGGAGAUAAAUGAGGCUCUCCAUAUUAUGGGCCACUUGCCCAAGCGGGAUUUAUAUGCUAUUGGAUCAUUUCGCGCAACACCACAGUCAAUGUUCAUGGAGAAAUGCUUUAACGAACUUAGCCUGCCGCAUACGCUGACAUCAAUUGAUCGUGGGCCCACGGGCUCUAUUGAGCGUGUGAUCACCCAGCCCUCCUUUGGUGGAGCUUCAGUACAUCCACCGAUCUCGAGCAACGCCACAUGUAUUCUCGCAGCCAGUGAGGCGGCACAUGCAAUUGGAUUAGUUGAUACGAUCGUAGCAGCGGAAAGCGCGGCACCCAAGCCCCAAUUAGUCGGGGAGAAUGCGACGUGGAAGGGAAUCCGGGCAACACUGACACGAGACUAUGUACCAUCAGCAUAUAGCGGUCGAGCGGCAAUCAUCCUCGCCGGUAGUGAGAGCGAAGCAUCGGCGGCUAUUUUCGCACUGCGCAGCUUAGGUGUUGGCGCGAUCUACACGGUGGGGUUCCGGGCGAGCGGGCCGCUGGCCGAUGGAUUAGAGCCAUUCACGUCGAUCCAGUCUGUGAAACUGGUCGAGCAACCAUUUGUCAUCGUGUCAGCGCUCCCACCAGAGAAGUCAUUACUAGUACAGCCGUUGCUGCGACACUACCGAACCAGUGGCCGGGCCUCACCACCAUCUACACGAGGGAAAGUGUACCUCGACUUGACCCGAGGUGAACGCACGGGAGAUCCUGUAGGAGUCGCUGUGCGGGCGGGAUGGACAGCAUAUGGGAUAGAAGAUGUGAAUGCAUGGACCACGGUUGAGACGCUAAGGCUGCUUGUGGGGCAGAAUGUACCAUUUGAUUUUGUGCGAAUGGCGUCGGGCAGGAUCCUUUCUCCUCUUCAACCUCACAGGUCUCACCACAUAGGCAAGCAUAUGUCAUGUAAUGUGGCCAUGUCCCGACCUCAGGUCAGCAUCGACCGGCUUACCCCCCGCCGAGUCAUUGCCGAACCGCGAGAGUCGAUGAACUGCAAAUCAUGCCGGAAGAGGAAGAUCAAAUGCAACCGGCUGCGCCCGAGCUGUGAGGCUUGCAAGGUGUUCCAGUGCCCUUAUGCUGUACCAAAAAAGCGUGGCCCUAAAACUGAUGUCUUGGAGGCCCUUCUCAAGCGCGUCGACGGCCUAGAAAAACGUCUCCAGGAUGACAACCAUCCCCUGUCGCCCACCUCCUCUGCCUCUCCGACAAAGCCGAUGGAACAACUUUUGGCGCAGGUGAACUUUCACCCCCCGCCUUCAUCCCAUGCAUUCCGCCCACCUCCCGCGCCCCAGCAGUCUUCACACAGCCAUAGGCUACCUGACUCAAUGCUGGAUGUUUAUUUUGCACGACUCCAUGGCAGGCCCUAUUUUAUCUUGGACGAGCCUGUAACCCGCCAGCGACAUCAGCGAGGGCAGCUAGCCGUUUGUUUAGCCAUGGCCAUUCAUGCCCUUACAAUAAGAUAUACCGUUCUAAAUCCUUCGGCCCAAGGUCUGGACUACGCUCAACAGGCCCGGCGCUUGGUGGACAUAGACGAUCCUUCCAUUGAAGGACUGCAAACUCUCUUGUUAUUAUCACAGACCUUUUUCGCCUAUGGGUAUGGUAGGAAGGCCUACAUGACGUUGAGCAACGCUGUUGCUAUGGUCCUUGCUUUAAACCUAUAUAGCGAGCUACCCUCCCAAAGCCCUGCCCGUAGUGCAGAACGUGAGAUGAGACGCCGUCUAUUUUGGACGGCUUAUACCAUGGAUCGAUUUCUCACCUGUGGUUCCAGGCGGCCCUGUCUACUCGCUGACCACUCCAUCGUUUUACGUUUACCUUCGGUUGGAUCCGACACCGGCGAAUGGUUCAACCCGGUCGGUCCUAACGUCCAGUUCACAUCGGACCGUCGCAAGGGCCCAGGUGCUCCUGCUCUUCUAGUUGAUAUUACUCGUAUUCUAGGCGUUACCCACCGCUACUUGGCUGCCGGUGGUGUCAAAGGUGACUCGCACUUUCCUUGGCAUGCACUUUCCAAUCUGUCCAAGAUUCGUCAGGAACUUGACAUCUGGGCGGCAGGCACACAGGACUUGUUCGCUUCUAUUGAGGCCCUGUUUGGUCAUCCAGAGAGCACGCUCCUGCUUCUCAGCAAGUUGAUAUACCAUCUUGUUCACUGUUUGCUCUAUCGACCGUUUCUUCCCAUUGAUCUUGCUGAGCUCCGGGGGACGGGCCAACAUCAGUCAUGGCAGAUCGAGGCUACCACUCUCUGUUUCUCGCAUGCCAAUGCCAUUGCUGAGCUGGUUGAGCUAGCGCGCCAUGCCCCCCGCAUUGAAUGGCCUGAUUUAAUUGCCUACUGUGUAUGUACCGCCGGCACGGUCCACACCCACGGCGUGCAUUACAAUGGUCGCGAAGGCGAAGUAUUCGCGUCGAGCGCUGACUUCCUAACACGUGAGAUGAACCAGCUGUUAUGGCUGCGCCACUCGUGCUCAGGAGUCCAGCAUCAGCGUGAAAUGCUGCAAAGUAUUUCGGCAUGUCACGCAGAGCUCGUGCGAACCCUAGCUGCGCGUCCGGUGCGGUUUGCGCCAGUCUUUCAUUUGGAGGACUUUCUGGAUCGGUAUCCUGGUUUAGCCGUCGAAGGGGCCCAUGUAAGAUUAGUGGAUAUGGAUGAACUAACGAUUUAUCCGGCGAUACCACCAGCUACUCCAACUCUCCCGUCUCGGCCCGGCCAAAGCAAUUCUAUUAGCUUUAACCCACCUCAUGCAUCACCUUCACCAUGGCUUGACGCCGACUUGAACCUGACGGACAGCAGUCUCGGAUUUUCUCCCUCAGCUGUAAACUCCUCUCCAGCCGCAUUCCUCUCCGAGCCAUUCACCGCGCCAACACCACCGCCACAGCCGCAGUACGCCACCUUUCCAUUUGAAGCGUCCGUUCCAGGAGCGGCUCUGACACCGGACACCCAGUCACAGGGCAGCACUUCGGGGGCGGGAGCGGGGGCGGGCGAUCCCGGCUCCUCCGAGAAGGACCCAUUCCUGAGCCUAUUAGAACAGCUGGCGGAAAACGAACACUCGCAAGGGGGACCCAGCGAGUUGGACUUCUUCCUAGGGGAGAGCUUAGAGGCGCCCGCGGAGGGAUGCCCGAAUGAAGUCGUUGAUGCUUAA